GGCCACAGGAAGUUUUUAAUGGUAGGCGUUUAAUCAUUACUGUUUCUUGUGUUGUGGUCCACCUGAUAUUUGGAUUUGCUUCAUUUUUGGAAAUAAUUCCAAAAAUGAGCUGGCAAGACGGAUGGACGGCAUGGAUAUACAACACAUACAGCGAAGUGGGCCCCACCUUCACGGCCUGACCGAACCCGGUGUUACCCUGACCAGAUCGAAUCCGUUCCCUCCAGUUCAUACUCGUCUCGUCCCUCCUCCGCAUUUUCCACCGUUAACAGUUAACACCUCUCUCUCUCACUCACUCACCGGUCUGUCUAGGGUUUUGCAAUGUUUCUCCGCCGAGCUGCUGGUUUUCUCAUGAAAACCCGGUUCACUCCUAGAACUGUCGGUUCCUGGACAAAACCCACUAUUCCAUUGGAGGCUCUUCUCUCUGGUAAUGUGGAGUCUAUUGAUAAAUGUUGUUUUGGGUUUUCUGCACGGAUGAAGGAUCACGGGAAUCUUGCUUUGUGGAUCAUAUUGUCUGGACAAGCUGCCAUUAUUCUUGGGAUAAAUGCCGGCCCUGUCAUGGCAGAGGAUGCUUCUGUUGUCGAACUGGGCACUGGAGACGAUGAUAGAGAGGCUUAUGUUACUGAUUUACGCAGAAUAGAAGAUGGAUCUGUGAUAUCAAAUUCACACACAUCUAAGUGGAGGAUUUUCACAGACAAAGGGAGGGAUCUAUUUCUGAAAGGCAAACUCGAUGAAGCUGAAAAAUACUUUCUGUUGGCUUUUCAAGAGGCUAAAGAAGGAUUUGGGGAGAGGGAUCCACAUGUUGCAUCCUCAUGCAAUAAUCUGGCUGAGCUCUACAGGGUAAGGAAGGAAUUUGAGAAAGCAGAGCCAUUGUACUUGGAGGCUAUUAACAUAUUGGAGAAAUCAUUUGGGCUUGAGGAUAUACGAGUUGGUGCUGCUUUGCAUAACCUCGGGCAAUUUUAUCUUGUACAACGAAAACUUGAACAAGCUCGGAUAUGUUAUGAGAUAAAGGGGCGUAUUCUAGGCUAUGGCCAUACAGACUAUGCAGAUACAAUGUAUCAUCUCGGGACGGUGCUCUAUCUUCAAGGGAAAGAGAAGGAUGCUGAGGCUCUUAUUCGGGAUUCUAUAAGGAUAUUAGAGGAAGCUGGCCUAGGGGAAUCAAUGACAUGCAUUAAGAGAUUGAGGUAUCUUUCUCAGAUCUUACUAAAUUCCAAGCAACUUCAAGAGGCUGAGAAUCUGCAAAGAAAGAUCCUGCAUACUCUGGAGCUGUCAAAGGGAUGGGAAUCAUUGGACACAGUAAUUGCAGCAGAAAGCCUGGCCUUGACUCUCCAAUCUGUUGGGAAUUUAAGGGAAUCACAGGAGCUUCUGGAACGGUGUCUUGAUGUCAGAAAAACCAAACUUCAUGAAGACCAUAUUCAGGUUGGUGCCAAUAUGCUUCAUUUGGCAAGAUUAGCGAUGCUCAAGUCUAAUCGGCUGAGGAAGGCAAACAUUGCUGAAGCAAUUGCAGAACUCAAUAAAGCAAAACUUGUUUUAGAUAAUUCAAUAAGGAUAGCAAGGCUAGUUUUGUAUAGGACAAAAGAAAAUAAAGGCAACAUGCACAAUAAUGGAGAGGCCAAAGAAAAUUUGAAGGAUGAGCAUGCAGCACUUGUCAUACUGUUGCAAUCACUAGACGCAUUGGCACUUGUGGAAAUCACAAAGCUUGAAUUAGAGGAGCCAACGGAAGCACAUGAGAUUGAACCAGAGGCUGAGCGUGCUUUACGGCAAUGUAUUUCAAUCUUCAAGGAGCCUGGAAUACCUAGCUUCUUGUUAAAUUCCCCGGAAGCGAAAACAGAGUACUUGUCUUGCUUGAAGCAUCUGUUCAGCCUUCUAAGUGGAAGUGCGAGUGAAGAACAAUCAAGGGCGACGUUGCGAGAAAUGAAAGAAGAAAUCAAGCGGUUGGAGGCCGAACUCUCACACAACAGGAAGAGCAGAAGUUAAUGUGAUGCAGUAGAAUUCAGUCUGUCGGAACCAUAUGUUAUUUCUUUGAUGUUUACAAUAGAAUAUAUGAGAACUGCCUCCAAAUCAUAUCUUGUAAAUGUUGUGCCUGUUAGGACCGUUGAUUUUGUAGCACACCACAUGGAUGGGCCAUAUAUCAAAAAUCAAACGGAUUGGAUCGUGGUUUCCAUACA